AAGCAAACCCUCCACACCCUGCAGUCUGGGGAAGUUCCUCCGCAUUCCUGCCAUAGACACACACACACAUACACACAGAGACGGAAAGCUGGGAGGAACCACACACCGAGGCUGGGAGUCUGGAGGGGGUGUGGGCCUGCUGUAGGACUGGAGACCAGAACCUCAUCAUCAACGUUCUGACAGUCUCACCAUGAGCAAGACAGGCGGCGAUGGCGGAGGCGGCGGCAGCAGCGGUGAAACAGCCCAGCAGCCGGAGGAUGCGAGUGCAGCAGGGAAGGGCCUGACCAAGCCGGGCGCCAGCAUCAUCGGACCAGGCUGGACUAAAGUUAGCUGCCCCUGCUGCGCAUCGGAGCGGGUGGAGCCGCUGGUUCUGGUGAAGCUCGGAGAGAAAGUUCGCCCUGAGACGAAAAGGUGGCUCAUCAGGCUGAUUGGAGCUCCUCAGAAAGAUGGAGGUGCUGCCCUGCUGGCCCACCCGGGCGAGGAGGCCAGUGGCGACAUCAUCGUGGUCUCUGCCCCGCGCUGUACGUUACUUCGAGCCACCGAAGAGCUGGGUCUGUGCAAGACUUACUGCAACGACAACAUGGAAGCCUUCUCCUACAACGACAGAGACAGCUUUAAAGAUUCGGACAACAUGGAGGCGUUCCUGACCCUGUCCGAGCGGCAGUACAUAGUCAAGUAUGAGCUGGACGGCCUGCGGGCUCAGAGAGACCUGAGAAUACCGGGCCUGCCUGACAGCCACACGCUGCAUCACAGAGACAACAUCUGGCAGAAGCUCGGGUCAGCUGGUGUUAUUGUGGACACGUUUCCCCUCCACAACCCGGACAAACUGAAGGAUCUCAGUGAAGCCUGGUACUCUGGGAAUCAGCUGGUUCAGCCAUUGGAUUCAGUCAACGGCUAUUUUGGAAGCUCUGUGGCCUUCUACUUCAGCUUCCUGGAUUUCUACACCUGGUCCCUGCUCCUACCAGCAGUGCUGGGCCUCUCCAUCACGUACUUUUCAGGCGAGGUUCAGAGUCAGAUGGAGGAGUCGGUCUCAGGCUCAGGGGUCACAAGUGUUGAGGAUGACUCAGGACUGGCUGUCAGCGGUCACAUGAUCCAGGCGCUGUUCAGCAUGCUGUGGUCCACAGUGUUUAUGGAGAUGUGGAAGCGCCGGAGCUCCUCCCUGUCCUACCGCUGGGGGACCCUGCACCUCGCUGAGCGCUUCGCGGAGCCCCGGCCCGGUUUCCAUGGCGACAUCGGGGUCAACCCUGUGACGGGCCGCGUGGAGCCGCUCUUUCCUGAGUGGCAGAGGGACCUGCGUAUGGCCCUGGUGUCAGUCCCAGUGGUGGGCGUGUUUCUAGGGUUGGUGGUGGUGGGAAUGCUUUGUUUCUACUGGGGGGAGGCCCAGGCGCAGGAGCUGCAGAAAGACUGGGACUCCCUGCUGGCUCAGACUUUGCUCUACGUGCCCUCAGUGCUUCACAUCGUCUACACGAACGUGCUAGCGACUGCUUACAGGAAGGUGGCGCAGUCUUUGACUGAAUUUGAGAACCACAGAGAGGAGUCUGCCUAUGAGAACCACCUGACAGCCAAAGUCUUGGUGUUCACCUUCUUCAACUACUUUGCAGUGCUCUUCCACAUCGCCUUCUUCAAGCAGGAUGUGCCUUUGCUUCGUAAGCGUCUAGCGUCUUUGCUGAUAGUGACCCAGCUGGUGAACCAGGUGACCGAGGUGGUCAUACCCUUCCUGGUGGACCGGUUCAUCAGCGCCCCCCACAGGACAGAACAUGAAGACGACCCAGAGGAGGACAAAUUUAGAAACCAAAGAACCCUCCCUGUCUUCCCUGGCUUGUUCGCAGAAUACAUCGAGCUCCUGGUGCAGUUUGGGUAUCUGAGCCUUUUCUCCUGCGUGUAUCCUCUGACGGCCGUACUGCUGCUCAUCAAUAACCUGACAGAGAUCCGAUCGGACGCCUACAAGAUCUGCAAACUAUUCCGCAAACCCUUCUCCCCUCCUGUGGCAAACAUGGGCGUGUGGCAGAUCGCUUUCGAGGUCCUGAGUUUUGUCUCCGUUGUGUCCAACUGCUGGCUGCUGCUGCUGUCUCCACGGUUACAAGAGAUGUUUCAGGAGGGCGGGCUGAGCAGCACAAACAUUCUGCUGCUGGCUGUUUUGGUGGAGCAUGUGCUGAUCUUGGUUAAGGUGGUUUUGGCGGUACUGAUCCCUGAUGAACCAGACUGGAUCCGAAAAAAGAGAGAGCACAUUGAGUACACAUCCAUGCAGGCCUUGAGACAGCAGAAGCUGACGUCUGAGGAGUCCUGAAUGCGUUUCACAGUGUUGGGCUGAUGCUUUACGUUGUCCUGUGCUGAGCUGCUACAACCGGAAGAUACAGUACCAACCUCAGUGUUGUGUGGGCCCAGACUAGAGAAAAGCCUUGAACCUGCAGCUGGGCCCACAAUGCAUACUCCUGUGCCUCUAUUGCUCCCCCUGUAUACUUCUAAAGGUUUUCUGCUGCUCUCACUUAUAACACAGUGCUUCUGGAGUGUACGCCCUUUGAAAUGCACAGUCAUAUUAGACAGUAAAUGGAAUGUAUUGCUUAUGUGUACAGAUGGCCUGUUCAGAUUUAAUGAGGGGAAGCUGAAGAGCUCCUGUAAAGUCACUGCAGCUACAGUACGUACAGUCAAUAUUUACAGUAGUAAGGGACAGACAGAAUAUUUGAUGUCAGUGGCAGGGUCAAAGACUGAACAAAGGGCAGAGUACUUGACAAAAUGUUUCAGUUUUUCAUGAGUGUGCAGUGCUAUUACUUAGCAAUAAGAUACCGUUUGUGUUCAGGAGGACAGUAUCAUCAUUGGAGUGAUUAUCAUAGGACAAAAAGCAAGAAGUAGAAAUGAAAGGUAGUCUUUAAGGGUCCAGUGUGUGGGAUUAAGUCGGAUCUAUUAAUUCUGUUUGAAAUUAUCUAAAACUAAGAAUGGCGUUUUUCAUACCUUAGAAUGAGUUCUUCCUAUCAGCAGAGCUCCUCCUCUACGAGGCUCACCACGUUGCACCGCCAUGUUUUUUAGCCGAGCAGUCUCUAUAGAGCGUCUUUUGUGUUUUAUGCUGAUGUGAAGGCCACCGUAGCUCAAUCUACACGCAUGGAAGGGAGGGAAGACAAAGGGUAGGAGAAAGGGUUGCAGUCUUCAAUCUCACCACUAGAUGUCAGUAAAUGUGGCACACUGGUUCUUUAAAGCAGCUUUAAACAAUAUUUCAGUGAAAGGGUUGUCUCAUAGUAAUGAACCCACAGAGAAUCACAGCAGCAACAGUAUCAACACUGCAGCUCAACAGAGCCUUUUAGCUUCUUUUACAACAUUUCUAGCUCGCAGCUUGACUGUUUUGAUCAACUCUCACUGCUCUCAUCAACCUGUUUUCAGCUGUUUUCAGUAGAAAAGGUCUGAUAAAUCCGCUGCACACUAACUGCUCAGCGUGAGACAGCAGACAGACAAAGUUAGCGUCCAGCUGGUGACCAUAGUGGAGCAUUUAGCAGUGAAAGAGCCAAAUAUUUCCCUCUGGAGUUGGUAGAGACUAAGGGGAGCUAGACGGGGAGUGAAUAUUGGCCAUACAUUUGUCAGGUGGCCAGAAACAUGACUCCAAAUGAAUACUAAUGUUGAUCCGUGUCUGCUGGAUGUGUAAAAUAAGAAGCUGUUUGCCAAGAAGUAAGCCAAAUCAGCUUUAUAAGGGGAUAAUAUGUUAAUGUUGUGUUUACAGCUUGUUUUCCUGUCACCGAGUGGCCAGAACAAUCAAUUAUUGCGGCUUUAAUUUCAGAAAAUCAUUAAUUUUGUCCAUAACUCCAUUAAAUAGAAAAAAAAUGAAAUAUCAAGUCGUUGUAGAGGGAGGUGAAGAAUCUUGGAGUAGAGUAUUUUACACAUUUAUCUAUAAAUGUUCAUCAAUAACGUGUUUAUUAUCUGUCAUUGUGCUACUUUCACUUCGUUGUCUGGACUAACAUUUACCUCUGGUUGAGCAGUGACUAGAAAAUUUUGCACUCGUACACCCACUUGAUGAUACUGUCCACCCCUUAAAUAAUCCCAGUAUGAUUAUAGGACACCUGUAACAGUAGGUGAGUGCAGUUAACACUGUGCCAAGAUUUGCUUUGCAGUGAGAGUGAUGGGUGCCUACCAAAGAUCUGCAAUGUGCUUUGCAAUUGGAAAUGAUUUUUAUGGCUGAAUUUCAGUUGUUACUGACUCAUUUGUGUAUCUAUCGUGUGCCUCCAAGAAUGACUGCUGGACUUCACUGUGCAACAACAGUAAACUAGCCUUAUAGUCCGAUAUUUAACAUUCAUACAGUGAGUGUUAUUUCACUGUUCACUCUUCACUGCUGGCAGAUUUGACUUAAUAUAAUGAAUGUGCAGAUGAAUCCUUUAGGGAAGUUAUUGUUUUUAGGUGUUAGUAUUGUUUCCAGCCACCAGGAGGCACUGUGCGUUAAACAUUUUAGCCUGGUGGCUGCAGAGGGGCUGCUUCGCUACAGAUGCAGAUGGAUGCUGAGACUUCCUCAAGCGGCUGCAGCUGUACAUGUGCACUCCUGACACUAAUCAUAAACCUGUGUGUAUGUGUGUGUGUGUGUGUGUGUGUACGUGUGUGUGGGUGUGUGUUCUGUUCUGAAACUUUUAGACAAUCUGGUCCCAGGAUCAGGAUUUCAGGUCAGACACAGAGGUGAUGAUGUUUGCUGGUUGUCCUACAAUAAACUC